AUGGCUAAGAGGAAGCGAGAAGUUAACCCGACCAGCAAGUCUACCACCAGCAGCAAUUCUAGGGAUAAUAGUACAGUCUCCAAAAUCGUCAAGACCAACGGCCAUAUCGAUGUCAAGACCGUAGAACCCGUUGUUCAAAUUAUCACAGGCUCAUAUGAGCGAGUCUUACACGGUAUCACGGCAACCAUAUCAGAUUUGUCACAUGCAACUCCGUCUGUCAAAUUUGCAGAUUCGUUUCUUUUCAAUGCACACGCAUCCGCAAUUCGAUGCCUAGCAUUAUCACCACUCCCAGAGUCAGGAUCAGACGACACUCAAGGGGUGUAUCUGGCAACUGGUGGAUCAGACGAGAAGAUCAACGUUUUCAGUCUAUCAGCCUCUCCAGUCGUUGAAGAUGGCAAGUUUCCAGCAAUGCCAUCGGUGGGCAGCAAGGCAAUAUCAGAGAAUCCUCUGAACCGGGAACUGGGCACCCUCUUGCAUCAUUCUUCCAACAUUAGUGCAUUACAUUUCCCCACAAGAUCGAAAUUACUCUCAGCGUCCGAAGACAACACGAUUGCGGUCACGAGGCUGAGAGACCUCACUGUUGUUUCGACCGUUAAGGCACCGCACCCUAAAGUCCAAGGUCAACCGAGCGGCGACACGGCACCGCCAGGUGCAACACCAGCCGGAGUCAAUGACUUCGCCGUGCAUCCUAGUCUGAAGCUCAUGGUCAGUGUCGGACGAGGUGAGCGAUGUAUGAGACUGUGGAAUCUGGUAACAGGAAAGAAGGCUGGCGUUCUCAACUUCAGCCGAGAGAUUCUGCAAAGCGUGAAAGAGGGGAAAUACAGCAGUGGUGAAGGACGCCGGAUAAGAUGGAGUCCAGACGGAACCGAAUUUGCUGUGGCCUUCGAGCGUGGUGUCGUCGUGUUUGGCGAGGAUUCCAAACCAAGAUGCAAGAUUCUACCUCAGCCACUCACGAAGUUACACCAGAUCUCAUACCUGUCUAUACCCAACGGCUCUAAGGACCAGCCAAUGACCACGAUCCUUGCAGUGUCAACGGAAGAUGGCAGGAUUUCAUUCUACAAUACCGACAAGCUCGCUGUUCCAGAAGCUUCUCCGUCCACAAAUGGUAAAGUCUCUGCGCCAGCAACGACAAUACCUGAUGCGAUUCUCCAAGGAGAACUCGGCGGCAAGGCAGGAGGGAUUUCCGGCCGGAUCAAAGACUUCGAGGCACUUACAGCUGCCUCCCAGACCGAUUCUUCUCCAUCGUCUCGAGGCAGUGGCUUGAUUGUCGUCACAGCGAGUAGUGAUGGGACCAUUCGGGUCUUCUCGCUCAUGUCUCAGGACCUGGAGGCUACAAUUGAGGCAGGCCAGCCAGCGCCGCAAGUCGGCACAUUGGUGGGCUCUUAUGAAACGGGAAGUCGAGUCACGUGUCUCAAGGCCUUUGUUAUGUUGCCUGCAACAAAAACUGGGGACGAUGAAGUCGACGACGAUUUUGAGGGGUUUGAUCAAUCGAAUGGAGAGGAUGAUAGUGAGAGCGAAAGCGAGAGUGAUUGA